CAGGCUUUAAAAAUCGCAAUGGACUUCGUCAGUUCAGGAAGCAAGGAGAAAGUGCGAGUGCACCACCUGCUGAACAGUUGGAAAAUGAACGGAAAUCAUUGAGAGCGCUCCUUCGUACCUAUAAGCCUGAAAACAUAUGGAAUGGCGACAAAACUGCCUCUUUUGGAGAAUGA